AUGGGAAAGCGUGCUGCUGCGAGUGCAGCGUCUGCUGCGCCGAAGCGUGUGCGCGAGGAUGAAGGAGAAGCGAAGCCGAAACGCGUCGCCAAGAGUGCGCCGGUCGAGACGUCGCCUGCUGCGCCGUCCGGCGUCGACCACAGUGCACCCGAGUGGGUGCCGAAGAAUGGCGCGCUGCCGAGCGGCACGCUCGAGUUCGCGCGCCCUGCCGAGGGUGAUGUGCGUGUGAUGAUCUACAAUAUCACGUCGCUCAAGUCGUCCGACGCCAAAGGGCUGAUGCGCUACCUCAAGGCCGAGGACGCCGACGUGCUCGUCCUGUCCGAGACCAAAGUGAAUGCGCCGCCCGGCCACGCGGGCCUCGAUUCCAUGUACCCCCACCAGUACUGGGGCAUUGGCGAGAAGAAGGGGUAUGCCGGCAUCGCCGUCCUCUCCAAGGUCAAGCCGACCAAGGUCGAGUACGGCCUGCCCGGUUUUGACGACCCCAGCGCGCGCGCGCGUCUGCUCACGGUCGAGUUUCCCAAUACGGUGCUCGUCGGGACGUAUGCUGUGAAUGCGGGCGACAACCUCAAGACGCUCGACAGCAAGAUGCGCUGGAACGACGCGCUGGAAAAACACCUGCUGCAGUACGCGGACCGCGACCUGAUCUGGUGCGGCGACCUGAACGUCGUCUGGGACGACCGCGACCUCGCCGGUGCCUCGAAGAAAUGGAACAAGUCGGCGGGUUACACGCAGGCCGAGUGCGACGCGCACCGCCGCGUCCUCGCUGCGACCAAGAUGCAGGAUGCGUGGCGCGUCCUGCACCCCGAUGCCGUCGGGCACUACACCUACUAUGGCUGGCGCGGCAACUGUCGUGUGCGCGGCGCCGGCUGGCGCAUCGACACGUUUAUCACGACGCCCUCUGCCCAAGCACGCAUGCAGGCGUGCGAAAUCCGGCACGAAAUCUACGGCGCAAGCGACCACGUCCCAGUGAUUGCCGAUCUUAAAGGUCCAUUGUAG